AUGAAUUAUUAUACUACACUAGAUAGAGGAUCAAAACUCUAAGAUUUUAUUGAAUAGAUAAGAAAAAUGGAUGCCACCAUCUCAAAUGCUGUUUAUCAUAGAAACCUUAAAUUAUAAAAGAACGAGUCUGUGCAAAUGUUAGAUAAACUUCUGGCUAUGCAAAUUGAUGGCAUCAAUGAUUCUAUUAAAUAAGCUAGAGUUUUAUUAAAUAAAUCCCCAAAUCUUUCUCAACAAGAUAUAUAGAGAUCUAAAACCUUAUUGGAUGAAUUUUAAAAUAAUUCUGAGAAAUUAAGAAAAACUUUGGAUAUCAAAUAAGUAUUCAAAAUAGAUGCUCCUGAUACCUAAACUGAUUUUACUUCCAAAUCCAAUGUCGAAAUGGUUUAGAUGCAAAAAUAGCUAGUUUCUAAACAAAAUGAGACCAUAGACAAAAUGAUAGAUACCACUGGGAGAAUGUAACUUAAUGCUCAAAAUAUUAACUUGGCUUUAGGGGAGGAUAAAGUCAUCUUAAGGAGAUUGAAUGAAAAUGUUGAACAAGCCACUCACGAAAUCAAAGAUACUGAUUCUAAUCUUAAAAGUUUAUUGUCAUACACUAAUGAUUGUUGUUUAUGGACAAGCAUCAUUAUAGAAUUUAUGAUUUUUGUUUUUCUUGUUAUAUAUUGA